UGUGCAUGAUGCACGUGUGCUGCGAAGAUCCUCAAUGUACAAACAGGCCCUGUAUCCACCAGCAGGCUUUUUCCUCUUGGGAGAUGGAGGAUACCCAUGCCUUCAGCAUCCCGUGGCAAUAAUGACCCCAUAUCGCCAGCCUGUGUCCACUCAAGUUGAAGAAAGGUUCAAUCGGCACCACGCGAAGGCCAGGAACAUCACAGAGCGAACCUUUGGAAUCCUCAAAACACGCUGGCGCUCCAUCUUCCUGCGAGCCCUUGAGAUUCAGCCUCUGUUUGCUCCAAAGGUUGUGGGGGCCUGCUGCAUCCUCCACAAUAUCUGUGUGGCAACAAAUGACGUCCACCAAGAAGAAGGGGAGGAGGAGGCACAACCAGGAGUAGAAGCUGAAACAGAAGGCACAGAAGCUUUCAGGAGCUUGUAUCUGAGCCAGGCUUGCUGUACAAAUGUCUGCUUCUGA